AAUUUAAGCGUUUGAGGGCGGUCUUUUCGUCGCCCAUGUCCGGCUGACAGGUUCAGUCCGCCCAGUUCGUCCAGCUCAGUCGAGCAGCUUCCUGAUUACUGCUGACUCACUCUGGCCUCUCCUCCUAUUCCCGUUACCUAACUUCAUCUCAUCCGGACUCGUUUAGAUGGUGGAAAGGGGGGAGGGCGGGCGGAGGGGCACUCGGAUGCUGCUGCGCUCCUUGAGCUGACAAGGAAUAAGAAUAAAAAAAUUAAAAUAAAAUAAAAAAGAAACACACCAGGCGUCAUGUCAUGCCUGCCCCAUCGCAUUUACAUCUCCGCCGAACCCGGACGGUCAUCAUUCAUUUCCUCCAUCUUUCAUGCUUUUCCAAUCUGCAAGUAUCUCCCCAGCAAACCUGGCAUCCGACACUAGCAACUAAUAGCGAACAACCACUCACCGACCCGGAUUGUGGUUCUCCAGUUUACCCCAUUUUUUGCUCUACGCACCCCCCCAUUCCAGCACCCUGGUGCGGGUCCUGUUCCAUCACAGAUCCUUUCCCUGUCCAUCCCAGACCAGUCCACCUCUCUCCAGUUUCCAGUUUGCAGUCUCCAGUUUCGCCUCACCUUUCGCUGCCAUUCCCUCCUCCUACUCCUCCUCCUCCUCGCCCUCCUCCACCCGUUUACCGUUAUUGGCAAUUUCCCCCAGCCCAUACCCUUUUUGGGGUCUUCUUCUCCGACAAACCAUUGACACCAUCACGUACGCUUUGGAGAGACAAUGUUGGAUUUCUGCACCUCUACUGGCCCGGUCUUCACAUGGUUAUGAGCUUGCUCCUUGCUUAUUCCCCAACACCAUAGGUGAGUUUUGACUUCCGCCUUGCGUAGCUGAGAGCCUCGCCCGAGACGGGUGUAACGAGACAACAACACCACAACCACUACCGUUCCCAUGGGACAAACCACGGCUUUUGUCCAACGAAAC